CUCUAAGACACGAGGCGCCAGUUUCGUCAUCCCGCUCCGCCGCCCUGAAAUUGCGCCUCCCCAAUGUCAGGCACCGGGCCCAAGGGCGCCCCGCCGCCGCCGCCGCUGCCUCCGCGCGCUCCCUAUCUAGACACGCCUCCACCCUACACGGAAAUCGACCAUCAGGGCAGCGGGCAUCCGCUGCACGCCCUGAGUUCUCGCGAUCCACGCUCCUCGUCCACCCAGUCGCUCACGCCAGCCACUCGCCAUGGUCGUCGCAAGCUGCUGCUCAUCUACAUCCAUGGCUUCAUGGGCAACGAGACUAGCUUCCAGAGCUUCCCCGCACACGUCCACAAUGUGCUCACCGUGACCUUACGUGAGACUCACGUCGUACAUACCAAGAUCUACCCACGCUACCGCUCCAAGAAUUCCAUCCACCUUGCAAGUGAAGCUUUUUCCACAUGGCUUGCCCCCCACGUCGGCCAUGACACCGACACCAUCCUCUUGGGCCAUUCCAUGGGCGGCCUCUUGUCCGCAGAAGUCGUCUUGCUUCCACCACGCAACCCUAUGCAGGGAAAUGUCUUUCGCCAUAGGAUCCUUGGCACCAUCAACUUCGAUGUUCCCUUUCUAGGUAUGCAUCCGGGCGUCAUCGCCAGCGGCCUAGGAAGCAUUUUCAAACCUGCCGACGAUAAGUCGCCGGACAAGAGCCAGGAAACUAGCCAUUCGAAUGGCUCAUCGGACUACUUUACAUCUAACAAUGGCAGUGCAAGUACGCCUCCCAGUAGGAUGGAUACGCUGUUUAACCCCCCCACCCCGGAUCCGAACUACAACCCAGCUUUCCCGAAUGAUGUGAUUCUCCCUGUCCGUAAGGGAUGGGGCAGUGCUCUGCACUUUAUCAACAAGCAUUCCGAUGGCCUCAUUCAGGCCUCCAAGCAGCUUGUCAAAUCGCACCUUGAGUUUGGAGGCGCAAUGGCCGACUACCCCAGUCUUAGAACCAGGUAUGCGCGCAUCCGCGCUUUAGAGGAAGACGACGAGACAAAAAGAAGGGCUGCAGUACAGGGCGGCUGGCAGACGCCACCAAGAGUACGGUUUGUAAAUUACUACACGGCGAGCACAGGGCGACCGAAGAAGCCAAAGAGCCCCAGCGUAACGCCUAAUGCACACACACCCGAUGCGGACACGAGAGGUGUUCCGGCCGAUAACAGACUGUCGACGUCGAGUUUCAACUCAACCACAACACCCUCGCAGAAUCGCCAACUCACAGAGAGUCGCUCGUAUUCAUUAAGCACAGAAACCUCCGUGUCAGAAGGCCACGAACAGACAACCGCGCCAAAAAUACCAGAAGGGCCGGAACAUGGCAGUCCACUUUCGGCCCCUUCAUCUUCCUCAGACGCCGACUCAACGGUACACGAGCCCGACAUGCAACAUCUGGACCCCAUGCCCAUGGAAGAACCCGAAGAACACAUUGCUGCGCCAACUGCCGAGCCGUCCGCCGACCGGCCCCAAGACGUCCCGACAGAGCCGCCCCUCCCACCUGAGCCGGCCGAACCGGCACCGCUGACUAUCCCGCCGGACGCGUCCAAGGACGAGCGGAAAGCUGCGGAAAAGGAACACGAACGCGUCGUCAAAGCGUACAAGCGCGCCGUCAAAGAGCGCGAGCACGCACUUAAAGAACGCAAGAAGGCGGAAGAAAAGCGCGUAAAAGAAGCGCGGAAAGAGGAAGAGAAACGCGCAAAGGAGCAGCGGAAGGCGGAGGAACGGGCGGCGAAGGAGGAGGCGCGGAAAGCCAAGGAGGCGGAGAAGGCAGCGGGGCAAAGCGGCGGCGGCGCGGAGGGCCCGGCGGAGGGCCCGGCGGGGGAGACGCGCGCCGACGCGGAGAAAGAGGAGGUGCUCACGGGCGAAGCGCUGCGGCUCGAGAAAGAGCGGCAGCGCAUGCGCGCCGAGGAGCGACGGAUGGCGCAGGCGGAGAAAGAGCGCUUGCGCACGCAGCGCCGCAUGCUAGGCUUGCCGCCAGAAGACGACGACGACGAUGACGGCAGCAACGGCGAGAAGGCUGUUUCAGCAGCACGCGACGCUGACGACGCCGUUCGGCUGGACCGCGGAGGCGGCGGCGCGCCAGUUUCAGCACCAGCACCAGCACCAGCACCAGCACCAGCGCCAGCGCCAACGCCAACACCGGCGCGGACCUCGACGCCGAGCGCUUCGGCGACGGCGGCGGCUACGGCCCCGCCUCCGGCUUCGCGCUCCCCGCAGCAUGCAGCAUCAGCGUCAGCAGCAACGGCCUCAUCCCCAGCUCCCACAGCAGCGGCAACGCGCACACACUCCGCGCCCAGCACAGCCGCGCCGUCCAUCCGCAGCACCACGCCCAGCACCGCGACCACGGCCGGCAGCACCAAACCCCCCAAAGACCGCAAGUUCUGCAUGCUGCCGUGGUCGGCUGUCUCGGCGGCCGGGUUCGGCGGCGGCGGCGGCGGCAACGCGAGCGCAAAGCAAGCGCCCGACCCGGCGUGGGUGCGCGUGUACAUGCCGGGCGUGGACGAGGUGGGCGCGCACUGUGGGCUUUUCUUCGUGGAUGCGCGCUAUGAGCGCUUGGUGGGGGAUGUGGCGGAGAGGAUUGAGCGGUGGGUGGGGGAGGAGGUGGGGGGGAGGGUGGCGCUGGAGAUGGAGAUGGAGGGGGGUGGAGGUGGGGAUGGGGGGAAGGGGUAG